GUAAGUUUGUCAAGACGUGGUUUAUUAUUUUGCUCUUUCGGCCUUUCUACAACAUAUUAAAUAUAUUUAUCUAAGUUGAAUACAGUCAAGCCAGAGUCAUAUGUAAAUGUACCCGAAUGGUUUCAAGAAGAGAAAAAUUAUACUUGUCCUCGUUUGUCGUUUUAUGACACAAAUGAAAUAAGACAAGUUGUGUCUUUAGGAAGCGCAUUUCAGGAAUUAAGGAAGAAAGUUUCCACUCAUAGUUCACGACAAAAGAUCCAAGCAACAGACGGUGAGAGAGGAUCAGUUAUAUGUCAAAUAAAGUCACAUAUUCAAAAUAGUGGGAUCCAAGUAACUUAUACAGGGCAUGUUAUUGAAAGACACACAAUAUGGUUUUACUGUGGUAAGAUAGAGAACUGUCUACAACCUGAAAAAUAAUUUAAUUAUUUGGUAAAAUUUUUAUUACAUUUGUCUGAGAACUUUUUGACUCUCCUCCAUGUAAUCUGUCUAACUGGGAAAGCCUCAUCAAUGACUGAAAUGUUUGUGUAUAUUAUAGCAUGCAUGUUUUAGGUCCCUCUCCACAAACUGGCUCCACUAAUUUCAAAUCUACUACAAAACGAGUUACUAGAGCUGCAUAUAGCAGGGAAGAAAAAUUCAGUGUCUUUCUUUCACAAAUCACAGCAAAGCAAUUCUGGUCCACUAUUGAAAUCCUUGUAAUAUUAUCCACAUAAAUGUAGUUUAAAGGAGUGGUUCAAUGAAGGGACAACUAAUAUAAGCCUGAUGGCUAUAUAUACAUACAUACAUACAUACAUACAUACAUACAUGCAUACAUACAUUAAAAAACUGAAAUAAAAAUUAUAGGAUCUGAUUAAUUUCUCAAACAUAAAUGAAAAUAUCAAGAAUAAGAAUAAAUAGAGUAUAUAUUUGUUUAAUUAGCUACCAGUGUCCAUCCUACCAUCAGGAAGAAGAUAAAAGUCACUUGAAGCAGAAUGGCGUCUUACUUUGAUGAACACAACUGUGAGCCCACAAACUCAGAGGAACCAUAUCAUCAGAAUGGACUGCUUGAACUGGCCAGGUGAGGCUCAGAGAUACUGGGAUCAGCGUCUUCCUCCUCCUGCUGCCAGAGCUGCUGUUCAGAGCCUCUCUGUGGUUGUUAUUUCUCCAGAUCAAGCAGUCUAACGUGCCCUGUUUGUUUGUUGGAGUUUGAGGAGCCAGAGGUGGUUCAAGAAAUGCCCUGUGAACACCUCUUCCACUCUGGAUGUAUACUGCCCUGGCUAGGGAAGACCAACUGUUGCCCCUUGUGUCACCUUGAAAUCCCAAUUGAUAAUCCAGAGUAUGAGGAGUUAAGAAAAAACAAGGAGAGAAGAAAAAGGGGGGAGCACUCUGAGCAUCUCCAAGAAAAAGUUAUCGAGAAAUAUAAAUCAGGAGACGGGUAUAAAAAAAUUUCCAAGUCCCUGAACAUACCAUUGAGUUCAAUUAAAUCCAUCAUUAAGAAAUGGAAGGAAUAUGGCACAUGUGCAAAUCUACCACGAGCAGGUCGUCCUCAUAAACUAAGUGACCGUGUAAAAAGGAGACUUGUGAGGAAGGCCACCAAGUCCCCUCUGACUACUCUGAAGGAGUUAAAAGCUACAGCAGCUGAGAUGGGAGAGACUGUACAUAUGACGACUGUGGCCCGGGUUCUUCGGCAGACAGAGCUUUAUGGGAGAGUGGCAAAGAGGAACACACUGGGAAACAAGCAGAUGUGUAAUCAGUCCUGAGGUUAAUUAAUGUUUCCAGUAGGUUAUGG